AUGGCUGCUGGGACCGGUUCUGGAGCAAACACUGGGUGUAUCGACAUCCUGGAGCUGUCGGAGCGUAAGGAUCUGAUGAAGUUCCACUACCACACCCUGAUGUUGUACUGUGCCGUGUGUGCGCUCGGCAACAACCGUGUGGCUCACGCCCUCUGCAGCCACGUGGACGAAUCACAGCUGUUCUACGCCACGGAGAACACCUACCUGCCCGGACCCCUCCGCAGCGGCUACUACGACCUGCUCAUCAGCAUCCACCUUGAGUCGGCCAAACGGGCCCGCCUGGGCACCAACCGGGAGUUCAUCGUGCCCAUGUCCCAGGAGACGCUCAGCAUUCACCUGUACCCCGACGCCAAGAAGGCCCACUCCCUCCCCGGGGUGGGCCUCACUACCUGCCUACGGCCCAAGCUGCAUUUCUCCUCCAUCAACUUUGUCGGCACCGACCCCGACCUCUACACCCUCAGCCCCGUUUUCCCUCUCCAGGAGCUGAAGACCCGGGCCAUCAGCAUGCUGACGGAGGCCGUGCUGGAUGGCAGCCAGGCCAUGAGGGACCCUGUCGGAGGCAGCGUGGAGUUCCACUUCGUCCCCAUCCUGAAGCUCAUCAGCACUCUGCUCAUCAUGGGCAUCUUCAACGACGAGGACACCAAGCACAUCCUCAAGAUGAUCGACCCACACGUGUUCAGUGGGAAAGAGGAAGUGGAAGAGAAAGAGGGAGAGAGAGCUGAGGAGGGUGGAGCUGCUGAGGUCGAGGAAGGGAAGGAUGAGGAUGCCGGAGACGAAGGGGUCGGAGACGAAGAGGAGGAGGAGCUGAAUGAGUUGGAAGAAGGAAAGCCGAAGGAGGAAGGAGCCGAGCCUAAGGAGGAGGGAGAAGAGGAGAAGGAAGCGGCAGAAGGAGAAAAGCUGGAGGUAGAGAAGGCGGAGGAGGAGAAGAAGAAGGAGGCAGUGGAGGCAGAAGCCAAAGAGGAAGAGGAGGGUCUGGAGGAGGGGUUACUGCAGAUGAAGCUACCAGAGUCUGUCAAGCUGCAGAUGUGCACUCUCCUGCAGUACUUCUGCGACUGCGAGCUGCGCCACAGAGUGGAAGCCAUCGUCGCAUAUUCAGAUGAGUUCGUCAACGAUAUCCAAAAGAACCAACGCGUCCGCUACAACCUGCUGAUGAGAGCCUUCACCAUGUCGGCUGCUGAGACCGCCCGCAAGACCCGGGAGUUCCGCUCUCCGCCUCAGGACCAGGUUCUUUUGCUGACCAAGUUCAAGCACAGUCCAGAGGACGAGUUCAGCCCGGUGCCUGAGGAGACGCGGGACACUCUGGUGGAGUUCCACAUCGACCUGCUGCUGCACUGCGGUAUUCAUGUGGAGGAGGAGGCGGAGGAAAAGGAGGUGGACUCCUCACUGAGGGGCAGACUCAUCAGUAUGGUGGAUAUGAUCAAGAGCCUGCGGAAGAAGGAGGAGGAGGAGGAGCCGGAGGUGGAGGAGGAGCAGAAGCCCAACUCGCUCCAGGAGCUGAUCUCCCACACCAUGAUCCACUGGGCCCAGGAGUCGUUCAUCCAGAACCCGGAGCUGGUGCGCCUGAUGUUCAGCCUGCUGCACCGGCAGUACGACGGCCUGGGGGAGCUGAUCCGAGCGCUGCCCAAAGCCUACGCCAUCAACGCCAUCUCCGUGCAGGACACCAUGGACCUUCUGGAGUGUCUGGGGCAGAUCCGCUCGCUGCUUAUCGUCCAGAUGGGCCCCGAGGAGGAGCGCCUCAUGAUCCAGAGCAUCGGGAACAUCAUGAACAACAAGGUGUUCUACCAGCACCCCAACCUGAUGCGAGCCCUGGGUAUGCAUGAGACUGUGAUGGAGGUGAUGGUUAAUGUGCUGGGCGGAGGAGGAGACUCCAAGGAGAUCCGGUUCCCCCAGAUGGUGACCAACUGCUGUCGUUUCCUGUGUUACUUCUGUCGUAUCAGCCGACAGAACCAGCGCUCCAUGUUUGACCACCUGAGCUACCUGCUGCAGAACAGCGGCAUCGGCCUGGGCAUGCGAGGAUCCACCCCUCUGGACGUGGCUGCAGCUUCCUGCAUCGACAACAACGAGCUGGCGCUGGCUCUUCAAGAGCAGGACCUGGAAAUGGUCGUGACAUACCUGGCGGGCUGCGGUCUGCAGAUGUGUCCCAUGCUCCUCUCUAAGGGUUACCCUGACAUCGGCUGGAACCCCUGCGGAGGGGGGAGAUACCUGGACUUCCUGCGCUUCGCUGUCUUUGUGAACGGAGAGAGCGUGGAGGAGAACGCCAACGUGGUGGUGCGCCUGCUCAUCCGUCGGCCCGAAUGCUUCGGCCCUGCCCUGAGAGGGGAGGGGGGGAACGGUCUGCUGGCUGCCAUGGAGGAGGCCAUCAAGAUCUCAGAGGACCCGGCCAGGGACGGACCCACGGUGAAAAAGGACCGACGCUUCAUGUUUGGUGGUGAGGAGCAGCACGAGGAGAACCGCGUCCACCUGGGGAACGCCAUCAUGUCCUUCUACUCCGCCCUCAUCGAUCUGCUGGGUCGCUGCGCCCCUGAGAUGCAUCUGAUCCAAGCAGGAAAGGGUGAAGCUCUGAGGAUCCGGGCCAUCCUGAGGUCUCUGGUGCCCAUAGAGGACCUGGUGGGGGUCAUCAGCCUCUCUGUGCAGAUUCCUGCCUACGGCAAAGGUGAGACACUCAA